AGAUUGGGAAAAGCUUCCCGGGGCCGACAGCACGGUGGCCCGCGAGGCUUGGUUACUCCGUGAUGAGGCAGCUGGCGAUGGGAGCUGGGAAGUCUGGGUUUAAGAAAAAAGGGCUCUGGAGUGCUAUGAGGAGACAGUCAAACAGUUACAGACGGUCUGUGAGUCAAGAGUGUGUGGAAAAGUCACUGAUUUUCAGAAGUAACACCCCUUACUCUACAGACGUCAUUUCUGAUUCUGCUGGCCGUAAUCUGCUGUUCUGUGUGCAGUUGGAUGACUCAAAGCUGAACUAUUUUCAACAGCCACAGGAUAUCAAAGAAUCAGAUUUUGUGGAGAUCUUAGAGAAGUAUGGCAGGCACUCUUUCUUAGCACCAUCGCAAGUUCAGCCAUCAUUCUCUGCUUUUUACCGUGCUGGUGAUCCAAUCCUAAUCUACUUUGAUUCGUCAUCUGUAUUGAGCAUGCUUAAACAGCCAGUAAAAAUGGGAGCCAGUGGACUUUGUGUUGAUGGAAAUCCUGCUGGCUUCCUGGACAGUAAACGCACAAGCUGUACUCGGAUUUUUGCCAACUUGAGCAAGAGCUGCAUGACUGACCCUGCCCUAGAUGCUGCUUCCUACUACCGUGACUUCACUGUGCUAAAGGUCCCAAUUAAUGACACCAUUAUGGAGUCCAUGAAGGUAAAUGUCACUGCAGUCUCACCACCUGGAGCUCCCCUCAUGAAAGACAACACAUGCACCAAUAUUGUUUCUGAGGUGAUCUAUGAGAUAGAAUAUAGUGGCACGAGUGGGAUUCAGAGUGUUUCUGUCCAGUUCAAAGUGACCAACGUCUCUGGGAACUCCAGAUCCUCUCUGCAGCAGCAUUUCACCAUGCACUUCUGGACUGCAAAUAAAAUUGGACAGACCAGAACUCUUUCUCAUUUGUUGCCUAGAAGUGGAAACCCUGGCUAUAUCACUGGAGCACCACUGUUGAUUGCAAACAGUGGUGCCGUGCAACAUAUGGGCAUAUUAAGGAGUGAAAGUGAUGGAAGUUGUUCACGGUUCCUCAGACAAACAGUACAAUUUGGAAGGAAUAUGAGAACAGGCUGCAAAAUCAGCCUAUCCCCAAUACUGAAAGAUAGUAACUGUAGUUACAUACAGCAGAAGUUAUACAAGGCUUUUCAGGGGAUGAACAGAACAGAAGAUUUUGCUAUAACUGGCAGUGCUCAUUCAACCCAGGCAGAAGAGUGGAUGACCAUUCUGAUUCAGAACUGCAGUGUGAAGGCUGAGAAUUGCACUUCCUGUUGUAUGGUUCCUGUGACCCUGGAGGUACAGAUACUGUGGACUAAAGUGGGCCUCCUGUCCAACCCACAAGCUCAAAUACUGGGUGCACGGCACUUUUACCAGUGUCAACCCCUCAAGUUUCUAAACGCGAGCAUGGUACCUGUGACAACUGUCGUUACCUUCACUGACAUGACAGAUUGGCCAGAACCUCCACGAGGCCAGCCCCAAAUACACUGGAAACUCCCAUUUGACAUUUUUUUCCCAUUCAGGGUAGCCCUGAAUGUAGAAAGAAUUUACAGAGGUGAUGUGGCUGGGUAUUUCUUGUUGAUUCUAAUAGUGUCUAGUAUUUUCUACUUUUGAAAAUAGAUGGAGCCUGUAUUUAAAGUUUGGUGAGUGUAUUCACAUAUUCAGGAUACAAUCCGGAUGAUGGACUUUUGUCAUCAGGUUUUUAUACCGUGUCUGUGAUAUCUAUGUGCCUUCUGUUCUUGGCUUAAGCCAUGUAGGCAGCUUGUCCUCUCAUGUCCCUAUUCUCUGUAUGUGAACUGUCUGUGAAUGUUGCUGCAGUGACACACUUGAAAAAUGUAGAGAUCCAGGGACAUUGCAUUAAUGAAGGACAAGGAAGAGAAUGCUAAAAUGGUUUGUCUAUGACCCCAGAAACCAAGAAUGCUCUCUAAACCAAGGAGUAUGGAGAGAGAAGCAAAGUUCAAAGCAUUUUGGAGCUGCUUUCAGUUAACUCCCUGUUGGAGAAGCACCUGAUUUUUCUAUAUGGAACUAGCUGAACAUUUAAAAUACAGAAGCUCUCCCAGGUGGCCUGUAUUUUAUGAGUAGACAUGUGCCAGUCACUCCUAACUUGUCCUUAUUAGAUGAUGACAACCACACCUCUGUGACAUUUUUUGAAUCUUGCUUUUCUGUCUCUUUUCAAAUACAGAUAUUCAAUUGAAAUUUUCAUGAUUUAAUCACUGUUUGUAUUAGCAAUAGUGUUGCACAGAGCAAAGUAAUUGUAAAUGCCACAUACUCUGAAAUACAGCUGAAUUUUAGUGGUUUGUCAAAACAUCUUCCUUCCUGAUCUUUUUUUUUUUUUUUUCCCUGGAAUAAAUGGGCCUGAAUAGAGGUGUUUUUUUCUAGAUAAGAAACAGUCUCUUGUGCCAGAUAGGAACUGAACUGGAAAUGAUAACCACUAAAAUUCUAGUACCACAUCAGAGGGACUUGUGAAUAGUUCUGAAACUAAAACAAUUAAUAUUUUAGAAAAAUUUGUAGGUGUAUUAUGAGACUGAAGCUUGCUGCAAUACUUACCUCUGGCUCAGUCUCUGGGACCAGGAAAUAAGUUUAUUGUUUUUGAAGUUAAAGGUGGUUAUCUGAUUAUCUAGUCUGCCCUCUACCAUCACACAGGAAAUCUACUCAAUUGUUCCAAGAAGCUGUUGGAUGAAAGUAUAAUUUUUUAGCAAAAUAUUUUAUUACUCAUCCUCAGAUGAUGGAAGAAUCUGCCCCAUCUGAUGCCAAGUACUCCAUUGGAAUCAAUAAGGGCCAAAAAUAUCAGAGCCUGCUUUCAAUAGAAUGUGUUUGUUGCUUUUGUACCUAUACUGCACAUAGCAACUCUGGUGCUCCUUCUCAUUACAAGCUUAAAGAGUGCAAAAAUAAACUAAAAAACUUGUAAUUAGUCAGGAUAUCAAAGGAGAUUACACAAAUAAAACAAAAGUACAACCCAUCUAAAA